AGCUGCAAGAUGGCGCAAGCAAUAUUUGAAGUGCUUGAAGGCAUGGACAACCAGACAGUGUUGGCGGUCCAGUCUCUGCUGGACGGCCACGGUGGAGUCUCCGACCCGGACAAUCGGAACGUCUCCGGGACGUCCACUUUACAGUCCAUGGACGACGAGGACGUGUUCCUGUGUGGGAAGUGUAAGAAACAGUUCAAUUCUCUGCCGGCCUUCAUGACACACAAGAGGGAGCAGUGCCAGUCCAGCGUCCCCUCCCUCUCCACGGUGUCGUUAGCCUCCACCAACGCCUACACGCCGGUGCCCUCGAUCAGCUCGGGACAGCAGACCCCUGCCAACAGACAGGUAUCCACCUACACCGCAGUGCCCCCCUCCCCUCUGACACACACUCUAGUCCAGGGCAACGUGCUGGUCAGCGACGACGUCCUCAUGUCGGCCAUCUCAGCCUUCACUUCCAUCGACCAGCCCAUGGCCGCCAUGCAGACGCCCUCGCAGAGUAACCUGAGCAUGCACGCAGCUGGUGUAUCAUACCUGCAGCAUCACCACCACCACCACCACCACCAUCAUCAUCAUCACCAGCAGCAGCAACAACAGCAACAGCAACAACAGCAACAACAACAGCAACAGCAGCAACAACAACAGCAACAACAACAGCAGCAGCAGCAGCAACAGCAGCAGUCGUCCCACCCCCUGCCCUCGGACCAAACACCGGCCCACCCCCUGCCCUCGGGCCAAACACCGGCCCACCCCCUGCCCUCGGGCCAAACACCGGCCCACCCCCUACCAGCUGGACAGCCCGCCCAGCAGCCACUCUCCUCACAGGUCCCAACGAGUCACAGCAACUCAGUGGUCCAGGUGUACAGCGCACUGCCCCACAUGGGCGGGGGCGCAGAGAUCCACGCCUUAGGUCUGCAGCCUUUCCAUCCCGUGGAAGUGACAAGUCAGUGCGCGGAGAGCCAGUCGUACACGACCCCCACCGUCUACAGUCCCGGGAAGCAGGGAGCCAAAACGAAGACCUGCAGCAUCACCGCCAACCUGACGGAGCUGGGCGACUUCGAAAAGGUCAUCAUCCCCAAGCGGUCAAGGAGCAGCAAAAAAAUCUCUGAAGGAGCCACAGCAGAGCAGCUGAAAGGAAACCUUCCGAAGCUGAAGUGUAAUUUCUGCGACAAAAUCUUCUCGAAAAACUUCGAUCUUCAGCAGCACAUUAGAAGUCACACGGGAGAGAAGCCGUUCCAGUGCAUCGUCUGUGGCCGAGCUUUUGCCCAGAAGUCCAACGUGAAGAAGCACAUGCAGACACACAAGGUGUGGCCCAUGGGUGUGGCCAGCACGGUGGCCAGAUUACCAAUCACACUCAAGGUGGUACCAGUGUCGUCCAAUGAGGAGGAAGUGGGCGUGGAGCAGCAGCAGCAAGGCAAACCGGUGGAGGAGGGGUCACAGCAGCAGAACUGUCCAUCACAACCAGAGGAAGAGGUCGUUCAAACAGAAGAUCCUGUGGAAUCGGAGGAGAGCACGGAAUCGGCUCUGACCGAUCCGGAGUGUGCGCAGAACGGGCAUCCGCAGGCGCAGGUGCAGUCCGACCAGGACCAGCAGUGCCAAGCUCCGACCAAGCAAAUAGUUGUGAUCGACAGCUCCUACCAGUGCCAGUUCUGCGCCAGCAAGUUCAACACCUACUUCCAGCUCAAGUCUCACCUGACCCAGCACAAAGGGGAGCAGGUCUACAAGUGUGUGUUGAAGUCCUGCUCCCAGACCUUCCAGAAGUUGGAUCAGUUCCUGGAGCACAUCAGGACGCACCAGGAGCUGCUGACCUACCGCUGCCACCUCUGCAGCAAGGAGUUCCCCUCGCUGUUCGAACUGGGAGUCCACCAGUACUCCCACUCCUUCUGCCCGCAGCAGAGCACGCGCAGGGAAACCAGCAUCUACAGGUGUGUCAAGUGUCAAAGCCGAUAUUCGACCCAGGAGGCACUGGAGCAGCAUCUACUGACCGCCUCGCACAACUUUCCCUGCCCACACUGUCAAAAGGUUUUCCCGUGCGAGAGGUACUUCCGACGCCACCUGCCCACGCACGGCGUCGGCGGGAGGUUCAAGUGUCAGAUCUGCAAGAAAGCCUUCAAGACGGAGCACUACCUCAAACUGCACACUCACAUUCACUCAGGUGAAAAGCCAUACAAAUGCUCCCUCUGUGAGGCGACGUUCAACAGGAAGGACAAAGUGAAGCGACACAUGCUCAUCCAUGAACCCUUCAAGAAAUACAAGUGUCCCUUUAGGACACAUGUGGGAUGCACCAAAGAGUUCAACAGACCCGACAAACUCAAGGCCCACAUUCUGUCACAUUCUGGUAUCAAACCCUACAAGUGUAUUUUUUGCCAGAAGGCGUUCAGCCGCAGGGCUCACAUGCUGGAGCACCAGCAGUCCCACACGGACAACUACCGCUUCAGAUGCUCCACCUGCAACAAAGGCUUCACCCGACAGAGCUACUACAGGGACCACAGAUGUCCUGCAGCGGGGAACGGGACGGGGACCGAAGGAGGGGCCGAAGACGAGGAGGGAGACGAGGCCGCCGCCGCCGCAGUGCCGGCGCCAGAGGAGAAGGACGGACAGGACGAAGGGGGGAGAAGCAUGUUCUUCAGGAGAGAAAGUAUGCCGGGCGUUGAUGACGACAGCUCCAAGGGCAGCCAAGAGCAGGCGGACACACACGAGCAGGAGGAGGAAGAGGAGGAAGAAGAAGAGGAGGAAAAGGAUGAAGAAGAGGAGGAGAUGACUGACGAGAGUUGUCAGGCUGCAAUGACUAUCACCAGCAUCGAAGCACAGGAGGAGGAGGAAGAGGAGGACGAGGAGGAGGAGGAAGAAGAGGAGGAGGAGGAGAUGGAUGGAAUGGAACAUGGUGGCAUGGCACUGGAUCAGAUUCAGAGCAAUGACCAAAACUGUUUGCAGCAGCCAUGUUUGUAGUUUUAAGCGUGAGCUUAGCCGGAACGUUUUCGGCACAUGGACCAAACAAACCGAGCGAUCCAUUCAUAUUUAUUUGUUCUCGUCUGAGAAAUCACGAUUUGUUUUAUAUUAAAACUUUACACGUUACCUUGUAGAUCUACACUGUCAACAUGAUCAGUGGACCUUUGCCAUGGACUGGUGGACAAUUGUUGUGCAAGAAAAGCCACAGUGGUUCUUUUUAAAACGUCAUGUCAAAAGUGAUAAAUUCAUGAAUUUGAUGUGGCAGAAAGUAAAUUAUUUUAAGCUAA